UCGAAGUACUAGUUUUCAAAAAAUUCAAUCGGUCCAAAUAAAUUCAAAGGUAUCAAUUUUUUAUUCUUUACCGCAAUAGUAACUCGAUAAAAAUGCUUUAGCUAGUUUUCUUCAAUCAUAUCGUAAAUAUGUUACAUAUAAAGUGCAACCGGCCAACAGCUUUUCAGAUGUCAUGGAGAAAAUAACAACAUUGUAAGUGUCAAAAUAAGCACAUUCUAAUAUUAAAGCAGUUCUUUCAUGCCUGUGAAGAGGUUGAUUUUCAUGUAUGCGAAAUUCCCUCUAAGAAGUCUCGGGAACCGUAAUGGCGGGCAACUCCGCAACUCUGUUCCGGUUGAAGCCACCAGAGAGUCGAAGUACAACUAGGUCACUUGGGGAUCGGUAUUUCUUGGUCCUUUAGACGUUUGCCUGUUUGUACGAGUGUUCGCGUUGUCGCGAUGGCCUUUCUUAACCUAUGAAAAAUGAUAACCGGUGAGUAGUUGAUGCUUCUCGCUGUCCCUGGGAAGUUGAAAACUCAAAGUAUAAGAAGGAAAGGCCGGUCGAAGUGUUCAAUCAAAGAGGUGACUCGUUCAUCCAACAACCCAAACAACUAUGAGCAAUCUCUCCUGUAAGAUCACCAGAUCCUACCAUGACAAGACCUUCUCUUUCACAUUCUCUCAUUUCUCUAUUGAGGAAAGCGGGGGAAGCCAGGAACCUCUCAAGUGGAAAGCAAGUGCACGCCAAUGUGAUCGUUUCAGGACUUCACUUGGACGCCUUGGACGUAGCUCUUACUGCAAUGUAUGCGCUUUGCGGCGACAUGAUCGUCGCCGAAACGCUGUUUGAGAAAAUGGGUACUAAGAAUUCAUAUGCUUGGAACUGCAUGAUUAGAGGGUAUGCAACAAAUGGGCAUCCUCGAAAGGCUUUUCUGUGGUACGAAAGAAUGAAUUGUGAGGGGAUUCCUGCUGAUAAUUUCACAUACCCAUUCUUGUUCAAGGCUAGUUCAUGCCUAUCCGCCAUUAAAGAAGGGAGGAAGUUCCAUCUCGAUGCGAGGAAUGAUGGGUAUGAAUUGAAUCCGAUUGUGGCCAACUCGAUUUUGGAUAUGUACAUGAAGUGUGGUUGUCUGAGCGACGCACGCCAGUUGUUCGACACAAUGCCCGUGCGGACUGUGGUAUCCUGGAACACUAUGAUCUCCGGGUAUUUUCAGAAUGGGCAUUCUGAGGAAGCUUUGAUGAUGUAUGAUUUGAUGAAAGAUACUGCUGUUGAUUGCGAUGCUGUAACUUUUGUUGGUGUUCUGCCAGCUUGUUCACAGUUGCAGAAUUUGCAGAAAGGGAAGGAAAUUCACGAAUUAGUUGACUCAUUGGGACUUGCUAAUGUCCUGUCAGUGAAAAACUGUUUGAUAGAUAUGUAUGCAAAGUGCGGAUGUUUAAAGGAUGCGCGCCAUAUCUUCGAUGCGAUGCCCAAAAGAGAUGUUGUCUCAUGGACAGCCCUGAUUGAUGGCUAUGUCCAGAAGGGCGAGAUUGACAAUGCACUUUCACUCUUCUGCGAGAUGCAAAUCUCAAAUGUAAGGCCCAAUUCACUGACUCUAUCCUGCCUUCUGUCCGGUUGCGCAAGUGCUUCUUUCUCAAACUACGGGAAAUGCAUACAUGGUUUCUCAGUUAGGAACGGACUACAUUCAGAUGUUUUUGUAGAAACUGCAUUGAUUGACAUGUACUUGAAGAGUGGAAAUCUCGAUGUUGGGCAUCGCUUGUUCAUGAAUACUUCUAGAAGGAGAACUGUUCCAUGGAAUGCGAUCAUCGGUGGGUAUGCACAAAAUGGGCUAGCAACGGAAGCUGUGGCUCUUUUUAAGCAAAUGCUUUUGGAGAAAGUGGAUCCCGAUCGUGCAACGGUGGUGUCAGUUCUACCUUCAUAUGCCAGUAUAGCAGAUUUAAAACAGGGAGAGAACAUGCAUUGCCAUUUAAUCAAAACGGGGUUCAGCUCAGCCAUGGAAAUCAGCACAGGGCUCAUUGAUGUGUAUAUGAAGGGUGGCAGCCUAGACUCUGCACGCAUGCUCUUCGAUGGAAUGAGCAAGAGGGAUGUCGUCGCCUGGAGUGCAAUCAUUUCAGGCUACGGGAUGCAUGGCGAUGGGCAGGCUGCUGUUUGCCUGUUCAAUCAAAUGAUAGAGUCUGGCUUAGAUCCAAAUAAAAUCACUUUUACAUCAAUAAUACAAGCUUGCAGCCAUGGUGGACUAUUGGAAGAGGGCUUGGAUAUAUUUCGGUUCAUGAUGAAGAAUUAUGAUAGGGAGCUCACUGCUGAUCACUAUGCCUGUGUUGUUGAUCUGCUUGCUCGUGCUGGUCGACUCGAGGAAGCGCAUGAGCUGAUCAGAGGAAUGCCGUUCUCUCCCAACUAUGCAGUGUGGGGUGCUUUGCUUGGUGGCUGCUCGCUGUAUGGGGAUGUUGAGCUUGGCGAAUUGGCAGCUAACCACCUAUUCCAAAUGGAACCAGAGAACACAGGAAACUACGUCUUGCUCUCUAACGUCUAUGCUGCAGCAGGGAGGUGGGAAGACGCAGAGCGUUUAAGAGGUUUGAUGAGAGAAAGGGGGUUGAGGAAGACCCCCGGAUGCAGUAUGAUAGAGUUGAAAAGAAAUAUUGCCUGCCAAGUUGCAAACGAGUACUGAAAGAAAAGCGUGUGGAAAGCGGCUCACAUGUUUCUGGAAUUUCUUGUACAACAUGAGACCCUGAUCUCAGGGUCAUGGAAGUCAAUCUCCUCCCCCACAGAAUUUCAACAGCUCUGUUUGUGGCACCCUCGCCCUUGAUUUUGAUGUGCCAUAAAAGUCCCCAACAUAUCAAUCAGUUUUCCUUUUGUGGUA